AUGUCCGGACGACAAGGAGGAAAACUGAAGCCCCUAAAGGCGCCCAAGAAAGACAAAAAGGAUGAGGAUGAGGACGACAAGGCCUUCAAAGCCAAACAGAAAGCGGAAGCAGCCGCCCUCAAGGAUGCCCAAGCCAGGGCUUCGAAAGCUGGACCAAUGGGUGGGGGAGGUAUCAAGAAGAGUGGGAAAAAGUAA